UUUUUUCUUCCCUCUCCUCGCCCGUGUCUCCAUCCGCAUUAUACCCGCAAGACUACGCGACGUUCGCCUCCCUCCUGGCGGAAACAUCAACAAAACUCGUAAAAGUGGAGGACGUCCGCAAUGUUCUAUAACCGCCAGUGAACGCUAUAUUAGUCGCCCAAGUUCUCCAACUUCCCCACCAAACAUAUCUUCAACAUUGCUUGGGGGUAUCCAUCCAACGCCCAAAACAGCAACAUCGGAAGGAUUGCCCAGCAGUCCUGCAUCAGCACCAUCGAUUUGGCGCAGUAGUGCUCACCAACAGCAAUUCGGCUCAUAAAGUCAACACGUCUUUAUUUGAGAGACAUCCGGUGUCCUGCCGAACGCUGGCAGUAUCUAAUUUGGAAAACAAGGCUUUGCGAUCAUAGCAACCCCAUUCUCGAUCGAUUGCAGCUCUAACAUCCUGCACCCCUUGCUCCCCCCGAGCUUGAUUGAAAACGCCAUGCCGUCUUUCAAUACCAUCGCCCUCACCCUGCUCGCCUUGCUCAUCACCUCCUUCAUCUUCCGCUUCCACAUCCUCCCCUUCCUACUGCGGUCAUCCUUUCCCAAUCUCAGACUCGACUAUAUCAGUCUUCUUUCUGCUCGUGGGGUGGAGUGGAGGCGGCCCGGAGGAGAUGAAGGAGCCCCUACUGUGACAGUCGAGCGUGCUGGGUUCACAUGGGGUGGAGCGAAAGGGGAGGUGACUGGUUUAGUUGUCUUGCGAAUUGAGGGGAUUUGCCUGAGACUCAAACAGGGGUCGUUCGAAUCAGGAAGAGAUAAAAAGGAAAGGGUCAGGAAGCAACCCGGACGUUUAUCAUCGACCAAAACUCGCUUCAUCAGCAAUGUCCUGCAACUCCUCAUCCACCACUAUCCCUCAGUCACUCGUGUGAUUUCGGUCCAGAUAAUCAAUUGUCGAAUCGUGUUUGAAGACCUGAAUGAGGUCGAGAUGACUGUCAAAGAGCUUGGCUUUGGUGUCAAUGUCGAUUUUCAGGGAGAAACCGAUCUACCCGACUCGCCUUUUAGCACUUCCCAUCCCAAGCACACUUACAAGAGAGACUACCCGCUUCACAUCUUGUCUCCUGUGCUAUCUCCGGCGGCACCCGGGGACGAAAGUGAUUUCAUCACUUCCCCGACCCAAUUCUCCCCUCCUGCCUCCCCGUUAAAUCAACAUUCUUUCACAAUGCCACCCUCCGCCCCCUCCGAGCCCUCAGAACCCACUCGCCCCAAAAUCCAUCCCACUGAUCGCUCUUACUCUCGACUGAGCCAUGCCCGUCGCCAAGCAUCUGUCUUCCAAUCUCGCAUGAGCUCUACAGCGAGCAAGAUCUGGACCCGUGCCGCAGGCAGAAAGUGUGGCUCUGUGUGUUUCAGUGCGUAUAUCGAUACAAUUCGUUGUAUCGAACCUUCUCCCAGCCCGCCUGGGUCGGCAAAACCUUCAGUCCCCGACCUGAAGCUACCAAAAUCGCCCUUCAAACGUGCAUUCCAAUCGAGGCGUCGCCCGCCGCCUAUCACGGGCACCAUACCCGACUCGGGUGUAGAGGCGCUUGUGGCUGUGGAAGAGCGCUCGCGAGUCAAGCUGAGUCUUGGAUUCGGGCCGAAAAAGGGGCUGCUAGGAGAAGACACUUUGAGUGUAGAUGCGGGCAUGGGAAAGCUCAGUACAACACUUGAAGCUGUGGAGAGAAUCAAGGCCCUGCUGGAUAGGGUGAAAAAGGAGCCGGCGGAGAAGAAGGCAAAGACUGAUCAAUGGUCGUCGCAUGGAUCGGCACGAAUCAUGCUACGAGCGCUAGAAUCCGCCAAAGUCGCAUUUUCUCACAUCACGUUUACCCAUUACCUCAAGAACCCCCACCUGAAACCCUCACGCCCGGUUUCCACAACGUCCUCUAUCUCAGAGCUCGACAUCUCUGGUCAACCCGGAGACGACCGGUACAUCCUCGCCCUCGAGCUCACAGACAUCUCUUGUACCCUAUCCGCUGCCGACUCAUCCAACAAUGACCGUGCACGAAACGCUUUCGGGACAAACUUUUUGCCUGCGUCUGUGGUGCGUGGUGUUGGAGCGCAGAUAAGUUGGCAGAAGAUAGAGUUCCAAUGCGUCGCUCCUGGUGAGGAGACUCACGAAAAGUCUCAGCUCCUUGCUAUACGUCAAGCAGAAUUCACAGGAUUUUCGUCCUGGCGCCCGCAAGGCUGGAGCAGAGAAGAAAUGCUGUUUGCCAGCGACCCAAAUCUGGCCUUGGUUGUUUGCUUUGGCAAAGUGACCAGUGUGGAUCUGGCGGGAGAUAUGCAGCUCCUGCACGAGCUCGAGAUAGCUUGGAAAGCGACCCACCCGAAAGUGCACAAGGCUGCCAAGAAGGAGAACUCUGAGCCCCUGAUAGGAUGGCUCCCUCCCCGCCUUCGCAUGGUGCUCGACGUUGGCAGCAUCACCGCCGUCUUGGCCGACCGCGUCUCGAAGGAGACUACAACCCUUACAUUCCAUCUCGACGGCCUUCAUUAUGGCACAUACACCUCCUUCACCGACAUUGUUGCUCGUCGGCGAGACCGGUCUGCCGCGAGGACUGCUUUUGAAGAAGAGGAGCAGUUUCAGGAAAGACGGGAAACGAAUCAUGACGUGGACCUCGCGAUGCACCCGUCAAUGUUGCCGCAAGCUGUGAGGCGGCUGAGCACGGCCAACAAGGCGGAGCUUAGGGACGGAUUGAGUAUCUCCAUGCGAGGGGAUGCUACAAUCCGGGUCGAGCCGAUACAGGUCAAUAUGACCCUUGCCGGGGAUAGAAUCUACGAGCUGGCAGAGAUCGGGCGACUCCAUGGGACGUUUACGGGAGACGUGCUGGGGAGAUGCGAGGUCAAAGAGGAUGGAUCGGAGUCUGCCACCCUGGACUUCAGCUCAAUUUCAGGUCGGCUGGAUAUGGGCUUACAGGAAGGGAUCACGGUUGAUCUAUGGAGGAGAGAGGUUGUCGAGGCUCUUGUCAUUAUGGGCGAGGCUCAUCAGAAACGCCCUUGGGAUGAACGACCUCCUCUCCCGCCGCCGCCGAGGCCCAUCCUUGAUAUACUCCCCUCUGGCAUCUCCGCCCGAGUCUCUCUUGGCAAAGUCAACAUCCUCAUGGGCGUCAAAGAUCCAAACCCGGAAUGUCACCUUGGUCUUAUCCGAGGCGUCUGGUUUCAGUCCGUUGUCGUGCUUGAGUAUGCCUUUUACAAGAACGCGAUCCAAGCUCUUCCCUGGCGACAUACUCUCACAACGGCUCGGCGCGCAAAGUUGCGCUUACCAGAGGACAUCACCACUCAGGCUUUAGCUUUUGCUGCCAAGUACCAGCCUGGUGGAGGCGGCGCUGCCCUGGUGGCUAUCAACACCGAGGAUACGUAUGUGCAGCCCGUUUUCAACGGCAAGCGUUUCGUCGAGAAAGGAGGUCUCAAGCAUAACAAAAUGCCCACGGAUAAGCCAAAGGCGAAAGACGAAGACGAGUUUGUGGGGUGGGCAUUCCAACGGGCUGCUCUGCAGACGAAGCUGGGCGUGAACCAAUUUGCCAACAAUGUCAGACCACUCGACCUUAGUGACGCUGCUCAAGCGAGCCGCCCGUGGUUGCGAAUUCCGACCUCGCGGACAUAUGUGACCACCCAACAAUCAUCUGAAGGUGCCGAGACAGAGUUUAAAAUCACUUCGAAAACUGAGGGCGUUGCUCUGAUAUCAGAUCUUUCGCAUGUCUACUGUAAUCUUCUCGCUGGCCUAGCCAUCAAGCGAAUGAUUUUGGCAUGGAAAAGACCCAAGCCUCCCCGCCCCGCAUCUCUGCCGCCGAGGAAUCCAUCUAGCUUGAGCAUCGACUUUACCAUUCCCAACUUCCAGGCACACUUUGCUUUUCCUCUCGACGAGCAAAUAUACGUCUAUGCCCACUCUGUCUCUCUGAGAAAAAAGCCGUACAAGGGUCUCAUUGCUGCGACAGACCACAUACUUGCCUACGUGCCUAGCCCUAGGCUUAUCGGAAGCUGGGAAGAACUUUUGAGAGUCAAGACAUUAGCCGUAGCUCUUUCGGACCCCCAUCUUCCGCUGGUCAUCUCCCCCACGAUUGAGUCUAUCCGCUUCAGAGUUCCUUUUGCCUACAAACUCAACAAACUUGUGCUCAACAUCAACGUCACCAUCAAAGCGUUGAAACUUUUGAGAAACAGCGUGUCCGGCAAGACUCCUUUCACGACCGUCUCGCGUCCCGCUGCAGAGAUGCCCAAGCGUAUACCUAUGGUCUCGAUCAAUAUCGGGUACAUGUCGCUGGAAGCCAAGGAUGACCCUGUGGAAACCAGCCUGAACUUGAUCUGGAGGGCGGGGAUGGUAGAGCAGACAAAGAGAAAUCUCUUGGAAGAUCAGUUUGCGAAGAAGCUGCUGCUCAUUAGCGAUCCAGACGUCCAGCCGGAUGUUCAAGACGAGGCGAAGAACACUGGUGGAAGAAGGGUUCCGGUCCUUACCAAAAAACAUACUGUCUCGGCCGAAAGAGCGAGGUGGGCGUUGGAUACCCUUAUAGCCCAGUCUUGGACCAGACGGAUCAGAGCGGCAAAGCACGAGCAGGCGAGGCGAGAGAAUGUGGCACUGCAGCCAAUGAUGGGAUGCGGCACCAGCACCAAACUUCCUAUCAAGAUUGCGGCCUCUAGCAAGACUGCGCCCCUCUUUCGAGCUGCCUUCCAAGAUGUCUCGUUUGUGGUGGCAGAUCCGGGCUUGAACAGAGAAGAGAUAAUCGAGUACAUGGGCAAAGUAUCGUCUCCUUUCAGGAGUGAUGCCAAAUUCUCUCUCAUGGUGCCUCUGAGUAUACAAUGGUCAAUGGGAGAGGUCAAAUGUUCGCUACGAGACUAUCCGCUGCCAAUGCUACGGGUUCAGCGCGUGGAGAGCGGGGAAAGCCAGCCGGCUUUCCGUAUGGAAACCACCAUGAUCAUUGCCGAGGAGCUUGGUGACGAGCAAUCCGUGUUCCAUGUGCCUGUGACCGUCAUUCCAGAGGCGUGCGGAGACAAGAACGCUGCUGCCUUUGUCGUGCAGAUUGCCAAAACCAUCAGCCCCGUCAAGACCUACGCUGAACCGAGGUUCAAGAUAUCCUCAAAAAGAACUACAGAGUUCACAUGGGGCAACUCAUACCAACCAGCUAUACAAGACUUUAUGAAAGUUGUCGAGACUCUCUCGCAUCCUCCCGCAGAUCCGUCACCCCGUGUUGGAUUUUGGGACAAAUUCAGGCUGGUUUUGCAUUGGAAGCCCAUAGUGGACUUCGUUGGACCGUGUCAUCUACAUCUCAAGGGUUCUUUCGACCCUUAUUCGGUCUCUGGGAUUGGGUCAGGAUUCUGUCUGGCGUGGCGGGGUAGCACGCGAUUGCUCAUCGACCAGCCGAACGAGGAAGGUGAAACAAUUCAGAUCAUAGCUGAUGAGCUGGUCGUUGCCAUACCAGACUUGGCACCAUUCCACGACGGAGCCGCUAUCGGUAACAAUCGGAACGGCCAACGACAUGAUCGCCACCACAGACAAAGCCAAGAUCGUCAAGAAUCAGGCGAUUUUGAACAGACUCUCAUUGAGCGCCGCUAUACCAAACCUUGCGCCAGAUUCGUCAAUGGUGUCAAAGUCGGAUUCGGUUUCCAGUUCGAACGUACUUGUCGACCCUGGACGUGCGACACAUGCGGCAAGUCAGAGAACGUGAUGCACAGGAAAUGCAGACUGUUCAAAUUCAAGCAACAUCAAGACGUUCGUCUCCGAUCUCCAGCAGCCAUAGCCAAGGACGAGAAAGAACUGGGAAGAAAAAUUGACUCCUACGAGGGCUUUAGAAGCGAUUUUGUCCACUUCUCUAUAUCACUGUCCGCACCAAACGGCAACGAAGAUAUCCAGAGUGAAGAUUACCAUCCAGACAGAGUCAACAGCCUACAUUUCGCUCCAAAAGCUUCCCAUCAUUUCUUGGCUUGGUGGAAACUCUUCAGCCACCAGAUGUCACUGCCCAUUCGUCAUGGUUCUCUCUUUCCAGACUCUCCGCCCCCUUCAAAGAAAUUUGGCCGUAGCCUCGGCACCAUGAAGUAUCGUUUCGACCUUCGUCCAGUUUACAUCUCCCACAUGUACUUCCAGGUCUCCAAAGACCACUCGGCCACCGGCAAGUCAGAGUCGCUUGGUAUCAAAGGUCGUAUCGGGCGCAUCAGGGCCGAUGCCCAUCAGCGAGCUCAAGAGAAAAUCGAAAGGCACGAGAAGCUUGGACGCUCGACAGUGGUUGUUCAUAAGCCGUUCUACGCUGUGGAUAUCCUCGCAGAUGAUAUCAAAGUCAAGGGUUUGCGGGCUCACUUUGAUGAACAUAUUGGAGGUCCUGGCGGAGACGACGGGGAAGCAGGGGUUCUCCACCCCAAAGCGUCUGAACUGCCGUUGGGUCAUCGAGAAUGGUACAACUAUCUGGACUAUAUCGAUGCCGAUCGCAAGCCCAUCGACAAGAAUCCCCGGAUUGAGCUCGUCAACUUCGGAGAAUGCCCCCACUUCUUCUAUUGUAAGAGAGUGAAGGCGAGAACGAGCACGUCGGGAGACAACUCUCCGAGUCAGGCGACACUCGGAUUGGAGACUAGUAAAUUCGGACAUGAGCCGACUCAUCCUUGCUAUCUCGGAACGGCGGAGGGCGUGAGAGAGGUACAGCAAUCGCUCACGAGGCAAAGGAUCAAUGAGCUACGAGAAAAGCUGAGCAACUACUCACUCGAAGGGCUCCCUCAAGACGGGGACCAGCUCGAUAAGACUUCCCUUGUGCAGCGAAUCAAUAUCUUGGAAAAGCAUCAUCAAGAUCUUGCGCAUGAGACUCGCCGAUUGAGCGACGAUACUUUUACCGAUUCCAUCGCCCCUCGAGACAAUAGCACUGGGGCAAAGGAAGGGUUCGAAGAUACUAUUCAUGUGCACGGACCCAGGUUGUUCUUGUCUAAUAGUUCGCGGAAUAUCGCCAUCAAGUAUAUGUACAUGAUGGGGGAUAGAAAAAAGGAAGAGUACUUUACCUCUUAUUCAUCCCUUCGAAGUAUUCUGGAGGGCUUCCAGCAGCGAAUGACGCGCCAGCGCUCAUACUCCUAUGACGAUCAAGUUGUCGAGGAGCAGAGUGCGCAGCAAAUCCUCAACGAUCUUGUCUCUUGGCUUGUCGAAAAGCCUGCCUCUGAAAGCAUACAUCACGUCGAGGAUCCUGUGAUGGCGGCUGAGGUACGACGUGGACUUCCCGACGUCUGUGAUGUCAAACCAAAAACGAAGAUACUCGUCUUUAUGCCGCAGAUUGCUCUUAGAAGCGAAGCACAUCCCGAUGCUAUCCUUCUGAUGUCGAUGGAGGAAGUCUCGUUCAAGCAAUUCAAGGUACUGGAUGAACACGCUCUUGACAAUAUGAUGGCAGAAGUCCUCAACAGGAACUACGUGACCAUGAGCGGUUUACAAGGUUUCUAUCCAAACGAAAAUGCUCUCAAUCGUGAAAGGACCGGUUUAGGCCUCCCUCAUGGUCUCGAUUUCAUUCCGUUGGAGAUUUUCCUCGACGUCAAAAGUGAGGCUAAGGACUACGAUCGCGUCCUCCAAAAGACGACCAUCAAUGUUGCCAUGGACAAGUUCAAUCACAUCCGAAUGCCUCAGGGUCUCGAAUGGCCAGAGGCCGUUGAUGACAGGGGGGACGUCAUAAAGCAUCUCCGGCUUCACCAGGAUUUCACUGCGAUUGUUGCCCCGACGCUGACCGUCACCGCCAAUUCCCAAAAUUUCGAUGCCCUGUACACCAUCGUCACCAACUUGCUGAUGUAUGAUGAUCCAGAGCAUAAAGGACGAUCCGACGCCGUAGACGACUUCAGUCGAACGUUCGAUGCUGCGGACCGCGACAUCCCUCGCUUGAUCGCCGAUGUCAACGCUCUUCAAACUCAUAUGCGACAUCUGAUCGGCCUUCGACAUGGCUACGAGUCCCAUUUCGAUCAGCUGGACAAGGACGGCCAAGAAGAGCUCUUCAAAAUUCGAUCCGAGCUUCAUGCGGGGUAUGAAAGCAUGUACACCGUCAACGCUCUCAUACGAGCGACGUUGGCGAAGGAUGAUGCUAGGGCGGCAAUGAAGACUGCUUCGAAGAUGGAUGUCAGAAUCGGCGGCGUGGCCUGGCAUAUGUUGAAAGAUCAGAGAUUAGAGACGAUGGCUAAGGUGGAUAUCACUGGUGUGCUGUUCUCCAUGCUCAACAACAAGAAUGGAACGAUGGACAACGCCAUGGUUCUGGGAGAUCUCAAAGCCCUCAACGGCCGAAGCAACGUGCUCUAUCCUGAGAUUAUCGUGAGAGACGAGCCGGCCAAGAAAAAGAUAAAGAAGGCUUUCUCGGCUGUGUAUUGGUCAACUCGGCCGCCUAUCGGAGGCAUCCCCAUCCUUCCCAAUGUCAACAUUGAAUUCGUCAACAUCCUCUUCAAGCUGGAAGAGAGCGUUGGUCUCGAAGUGAUGGAUUAUAUCUUUGCGGACCGUACCCGACGACGAGAGGCCACGGGAACCGCUGUUAAGGGCGGGAUCGAGAACGGUGCCACCACACCCAAUUCAUUCUUCUUCAGCAAAGGCAAUGGUAACGGCAACCCCAACGCCAACGCUUCGACAGAUGAUCUCGGCAGUCGCCGAGCCAACGCAUCUACCACAGACUUUGGUUCUGUGCACAAAAGCAAGUCUCAGGUAUCUCUGGUGCCGUCACAGGCCGAUAGGGACAUAGCGUUGAUCAAGAUGAUCGAAGACACGAGGGAGAUGAGGUUGCGGGCGUCUACCAACAAGAUGUUUGGAACGUUCCGCCUACAAGGGAUGGGUCUUAAUCUGAGUUAUAAGAGUGACGACUCUCGCAAGCAUGGGACUUUUAGCAUGCCCGACUGCGUCGAUUUCAAGUUCAAGACCCCGGAGAUGGUGUACGUGAACAAGGUCUGGGCUACGGAGGAUCUCUUUGAGCAUAUCAAGAGAGAUAUCAAGAACUCUGCCUGGUCUCAAUCUGGAGAUAUCAUCUCUCAGAUAUUCAAAAAGACUUCUCUCUUCCGCUCAAAAGAACGACUCAAGCAGGCUGCCUCCGUCACUGCCAUGGCCGAGAAGGCCCAAAAGGGCAAGAAGAAGGAUCAAGGAAACCCUCCCAUAUCGCCUUCAAGCCUCCGCUACACCAUUGACCAUUCCAGUCCCUCCCCUGAGCCCGACCCCGAACUGCUAUCAACUCUUUCUCGAGCCUUGUCAAGAGACGCCGAGUUGGCGAACAGCAAUUCCAUCAACCGUAUGCGAUCUCGUUCGACGCACCGUGCCAUGUCAAUGUCUGCCCAGCGCCCUUCUACACCCCAGGCAGAACGCAGGGAAUCAGCUGUGACUAGUAACGGUCUCCAGACAUCAUCGCUGGGCCGCUCCUCUGGUAGAAGGUACGUGUCGACGUCGCUGGAAGAGAACCGGGGAGAAACCAGAGACUGGGGAGAGAAUGGGGAUAAUGAAGAGAAGAGUCGAAUCAAGGGGUUCUUUGGCAAGUUGAAGGCCAAGAACCUCGGGCAUGGCAGGGAGCCAAGAUCCAGUGAAGAUUCAUCCUUCUCUGGAUCGCGCGUUUCGUUGAGGCAGCAAGCCCACCCUAUAGAGUAGCAUUUUCGUCAGUAUAAUCAUCAUUGCAUUAGGUCCCUAUCUUCUAUCGUUUAUAGCAUAUCCGAAAAUUAUUGAACUGUAUCGUUCUCCCUAAGGGCUGAAGUUGUAUAAACACAUGUAGAUGAUUUUGUUUGA